UUUUUUAAUCAAUUGGGACAAUGUGUUUGUUUGGAUUGUUGAUUGUUGAUUAAUUUCCUUGGAUUAGGAUUUUAAUUGUUUUGAUUGUGGUUUUAAUUGUGAUUAAGAGUAAUUUCAAUAUGACUGCUACUCCUGAUAAGAAAAAUUUGUCCACUCUGUUCACCGAUCUGGUUAAAUAUGAGAGAAUCAAUAAUUAUCAACAAGCAUUGAAAGUUUGUGAGAAAAUUUUAUCCGUGGAAAGUGAUAAUAUUAAAGCUUUACAUUGUAAAGUAAUUUGUCUUAUCCAGGAGAGUCAAUUUAAAGAAGCUCAUGAGGAAAUUGGUAAACACUCUGAUCUCAGUGAGGAAUGUAUAUUCGAAAAAGCUUAUUGUGAAUAUAGGUUGAAUAGAGCUGAUGAUUGUAUCAAAACAUUAGAUUCUCAUCCUGAGCCUGAUUUUCGUGAGAAAGAAUUAAAAUGUCAAGCACUUUACCGGUUGGAAAAAUAUCAAGAAGCUUACGAUUUGUACCUUGAGCUAUUAAAAGAAUCAGCUGAUGAUUCUGAUAAUGAAAGAGAAGCUGAUUUAGCUGCUGUUGCUGCUGGAUUAGCUCAGGAAAAUGCUAAAGCUGUUGAAAAUUUACCCGAUCUUGAGGAACGAGACAAUUUCUAUGAAAUUUGCUACAACAAAGCUUGUAUUGAAUUAUCUAGACAAAAUUAUUCUGCUGGUCUUAAAAUGUUGAACAAAGCUGAAGAUGUUUGUAGGAACACUUUAGAAGGUGAAGGUUGGACUGAAGAAGAAAUCGAUUCAGAAAUUGCUAUAAUUCGCGGUCAAAUGGGUUACGCUUAUCAAAUGAUGGGACAAUUAGAUUUAGCAUCUAAAAUGUACAAUCAAGUUUUAAAACUCAAGCCUACAGAUCCUUUGGUAAUCGCAGUUGCUUGUAACAAUAUUGUUACCGUUAACAAAGAUCAAAACAUUUUCGAUUCUAGGAAAAAGACCAAACAAGCUCUAAACGAGGUGAACAAUCCCAAGCUUAGUGUUUUCCAGAGAAGGUCAAUCGUAUUCAACAAUUGUCUUCACCUUUUACUAACCAAUCAACCUGAUGCUUGUCGAAAACAAUUAACCCAAUUUAAGGCAACUUUUCCAGAAGCCGGUAUUGACUCCCUAAUUUUAGAAGCAAGUGUUUUAUGUAAAGAGAGAAAAGUUAACGAUGCCAUUGAGAUUCUAAGAAAAUAUAAAAGUAUCGAUAACAAUAAUAUCGAAGCUCCACUUAUUAUUACGCAACUUCUUCUAUCGCAAGGACGUGAUGGUGAAGCGCUGAGUCAGAUGACCGAGUUAAAAAAUGAACAGAAAUUAGCAUUAAUUUCAAUUAUGGUUACUCUUCAUUUAAAUUUGGAAGAUAAAAUUGGUGCUAUCAAAGUAUUAAAAUCUGCAAUCAACUGGUUCCAAGAGAAUAAACCAAAAGGGUCAGAAUUAAUUAUCUUAUAUCGAGAAGCAGCCAAACUAAUGAUGGAAAAUAAAGAUCAUAAAGGAGCAAUUGUUUUACUUGAAGAGCUUCGUAAACAUAAUCCAGAUAAUCCAAGAGUAUUAGCUCAUCUGAUUUCAGCUUAUUCGGAAAUUGAUCCAGUUAAAGCUCAAGAGAUUAUGAAAUUUUUACCUCCUCUUGAAAAGGUCAUUGCUGAAGUUGAUGUUGAUGCUUUGGAAACAUCUAAUUGGUCUUUGGGUGCUAAAUAUGUUAAGAAAAGUACCAAAUCUGAUGUUCCCUCACCAGGGAAUAUUAAAGAAGAGGUUAAAAAGAAUAAGAAAAAGAAGAAGAGGAAAAAACAAUUACCCAAAAAUUACGAUUCGAGUGUCGAUCCAAAUCCGGAAAGAUGGUUACCCAGAUGGCAAAGGUCAACCUAUAAAAAGAAAAAGGAUAAAAGAGGAACCCAAUUCGUGGGUAAAGGUACUCAAGGUGCUGUCGGUGGACCAGAACCCGAACCAAUUGCGAAAAGCUCACCCAAACCUGGUUCCAAUGUCGACGCUUCACCCAAUCCUAAAGGACCUUCACGAAUCGCCCAGAAGAAGCAAAAAAAGAAAGGAAAUCGACGUUAAUUGUUACCAUAUUAGAUUUACAUUUAAUUUAAUUCAACUAUACAAUCGAAAGUCACAUUAUAAGUGUUUUUUUUGGUACCCGAAAGGUUUAAUAUUUUGAAGUAAAAAUGUUUGUUUAUCAACAAACUCGCAAAAAAACUGUUCA